CUAAAGACCUGCCUGACGACUGCUGGAGUAGCCUGCGCUUACAGGCCUUUAAGAAGUGGUCCUGUAUAAAUACAGCAAACCGGCUGAGUGAUCCGGGGUCAAAAUGACUGAGCGCUACGACUGCCAUUACUGCAAGGAGUCCCUGUUUGGGAAGAAGUAUGUCCUAAGAGAGGAGAAUCCCUACUGUGUGAAAUGUUAUGAGAGCCUGUACUCCAACACCUGUGAGGACUGCAAGAAGCCCAUUGGCUGCAACACCAGGGAUCUGUCCUACAAGGACCGUCACUGGCAUGAGGACUGUUUCAAGUGCUUCCAGUGCAAGCGCUCACUGGUGGACAAGCCCUUCUCCACCAAGGACGAACAGCUCCUCUGCACCGAGUGCUACUCCAAUGAGUAUUCCUCCAAGUGCCAUGACUGCAAGAAGACCAUCAUGCCAGGCUCCAGGAAAAUGGAGCACAAGGGGAACAGCUGGCAUGAGACCUGCUUUACCUGCCAGAGAUGCCAGCAGCCCAUUGGCACCAAGAGCUUCAUCCCUAAGGAUAACCAUAACUUCUGUGUGCCAUGCUAUGAGAAGCAGUUCGCCAUGCAGUGUGUGCACUGCAAGAAGCCCAUCACCACUGGCGGGGUGACCUACCGUGACCAGCCCUGGCACAAGGACUGCUUCCUGUGCACUAGCUGCAAGCAGCAGCUGUCUGGCCAGAGGUUUACCUCUAGAGACGACUUUGCCUAUUGUCUCAACUGCUUCUGCAACCUGUAUGCCAAGAAGUGUGCCUCCUGCACCACCCCCAUUAGCGGUCUUGGAGGCAGCAAGUACAUUUCCUUUGAGGAGCGCCAGUGGCACAAUGACUGCUUCAACUGUAAGAAGUGCUCUGUGUCCCUGGUUGGGCGUGGAUUCCUCACUGAACGCGAUGAUAUCCUUUGCCCAGAGUGUGGCAAGGACAUCUAAUUCAGUCUGAGGGAUGACGGAUGCAUCUGAUUGGAUGCCAAUAUCAUGAUCAAGGAAUGCGAAAUACACAAUAAAUACUAUCUGAGCACAGAG